GACAGGUGGCGCUGCAGCUUGACAGUCAACAAUACCAGUAAACAAGUUAGGUGAGCACCAAGAAGGAGGAAGAUAAACACGAGUCAAGUAGUUUGUGCCGCGGAAGAGAUGUAUACAGCUAGCUGAUGGGAUGUUGGCUCAUUAAAUGGUUCGUACGACAAACGAGCAAGUAAUUAAUUUAUAUUGUACUAGCACGCUACACAAAAGAUUGAAUGAAAGCAGACUGGUUUAAAAAAAUCAGGGUUUGCACUGAAUUUUGAAUUAUGGGCUAGUAGCGAGUAUGUCUAUUAAAAUACCCUGUCUGUAUGUCUAAGAUAUACAUAUAUAGUUUUUAAUUUACGGUUUAUAUUGUUGCCCGUUCUUUGUAAAUAUGAGCGGAGGGAAGCAAGUUGCACACAUUGACGGUGAGUCGCGUGGUAAAAAAAGAUUUCGUAAAACCAGCUCGAGCAGCGAAGAGGACAGAUCGGAAAUAUUAAAGCAUUUACUUGAAACAACCUCCGAAAUUAAAAAGUCUCUGAACAGCAGUAGUGUUGCUUCCCUGACUAAGAAGCAACUAAACUCCACUAUAGAAGAGGGCAUUAAAACGGCCGUGGAGAGGGCUUUAUGUGAAAUUACAAAACUAUUUGACAACAAAUUUCACGAUUUUGAGGUCAGAGUUGCUGAAAAGUUAACCACGUGGACACAGUCAGAGACCGAGUUUAAAUCACCAGGCUGUAAGGAACUCCACGUAAACAACCGCAGCGAACCGAGGCAUAACAAUAACAUUGAGCUCCGUGGUCUACCUGGAAAAGGAAAGGAAAGCAUUGCUGCUUUCCUCACAUCAGAGAACGGUGCCUCGGUUCAUCACUGUGUGCCAGCUGAGAACUGCGAUUCUUCAAGAUCGCUUGCAGACACCAAACAGAAAAGCUUGGUAAUUCAGGAAGAUGUAAACCAAGCAAACUCACAAGAAGACCCACUGAUCGACGCCACAACUGUAAGCGGUGCAGUAUGGGGAGGAACAGGUGCAAAAAAGGGAAGUGCUGUCCACAUUAAAGCAGAGGUCCCUGAGCAAGAAUCCACCCACCUUAAAGAGGUCUCUGCACUGGAAUUUGAGUACAUUGUAACAGAAGAUUCCGAAGAAAAUAAUGUUGAUUUGCAGGAGGAGAACACAGGCAUUCACCCCAUUAUUCAUGAGGAGGGGAGAUCCUGGCGCAUUAAACAGGACAGAGAAAGGAUAACUUCCAUCACCAAUAUACCAAGUACAGCUAGGACAAGCCAUUGGUUACAGGAUAAGGAAACAAUGUUUUAUUCCGAUUCUGGGGAGUCUGAGUCCUUCUCUGUCAGUGAUGAGGACUGUGCUCAAGAGGAUGGACUGGAAAGCUCCUCUACAGAGGCCUAUACAGACAGCGGCACGGAAGACGAGGAGCCCUGUGGAACAGGGAAGAGCGGGCAACUUGCAAAGAAAUUUUCCUGGAAAAAGGAAUUGCCUGGACAAACACGACCGCUAUCACCUUUUCAUUUUAAUAGGACUCCUGGAAUGACCUGCGAAGUUGCAGACAAAAACUCACCACUUUCCUAUUUCUCUCUGUUCUUCACAGAUGAUCUAAUGGCCAUGAUUUUACAACAGACCAACAAGUAUGCAGCAGAAAACCCACCAGCAGUGUCAACAGCAGAGUUCCAGGACAUUACAGUGAACGAGCUGUGGUGUUUUCUUGGCCUGUUCAUUGUUAUAGGGAUCAUUCCAAAACCAUCUAUUGGUGAUUAUUGGACUACAGAAUUUUUCACGCAGACGCCUGCUUUCCACCAUAUUAUGCCGCGUAAGCGUUUCACAGACAUUGCUAAAAACUUACACUUUGUUGACAACCACGACCCAGCUGCCAGGGAGGCUGGUAAACUUUGGAAGGUCUGUCCAUUAUUGGAGUACAUUGGACAGAGAUUCAAGGAGGUCUACAUUCCGCAACGCAACAUUUGUAUUGAUGAAGCAAUUAUAUUGUACAGGGGAAGGCUAGCACUAAAGGCGUUUAAAUAUAAAUCACAGUUUGGCAUAAAAAGUUACACUGUGUGUGAGUCUGGCACUGGAAAGAGUGGCUACAUAUGGAAUUAUAAGAUGUAUUCAGGAAAGGACACUGCUGGUGGUGCAUUGAAGUCCCAAAAGAUUGUUACCAACCUCCUGCAUGGUUUGGAAAAUAGUGGGUACACCCUUUGGAUGGAUGAUUCACAUUGCUCUCCAGACUUGUUUUUUGAGCUUCAAAGGAUGGGAGUAGAUGCGUGUGGCACAGUACUUCCAAACAAAAAGAACAUGCCCCUGGACUGCAAGCAUCAGAAACUUCACAAAGGACAGGGUGAAUCGUGGGUGAGCGACACAGAGCCCAAACUUCAUGUUGUACGCUGGCAAGGUAAAAAGGAGAUCUUCAUGCUUACAACCAUCCAUGACCUUUCAGUACAGCAAACACAAAGGACCAACUGGAGAACGGGUGAAAGGCUGGUGAAGCCAAAGUGUGUGCUCGAUUUCAAUAAAAAAAUCAGAAGUGGCAACGGGCGCGAUCAGAUUUUAAAAACCUAUGCUGUGAUAAACAAAAACCGAAAGUGGUACAUCAAGCUCUUUUUCCAUGUGCUGGAUAUGACAAUUACCAACAGUUAUGUUCUGUUUAUGAAGAAUGGGGGUGAUCUCACGGAUUACAAUUUCAGGGUCAAGCUCACUAGUGAGAUCAUUAAACGUUGGAAGGAAGUGACCAUAUCAACGAGGUUCUCUCACAGUGAUCCACCAACCCGUUUAGAGGCUGCAGACGCUCACUACUUAGUCCAAAUCCCACCCACUGCCAAGAAGCAAAAGUCCUACAGAGUGUGUCGGGUGUGCUCUGCAAAAGUGCGUUUCGCUGCCAAAAUCAGUGGACAGAAAAUCAAGAGAGGAGACCGAGCUGGGGCAAGAGAGACCAGAUACAUGUGUGUUAAAUGUACCGUUCCACUGUGUGUUCUACCAUGUCACCAAAUCUACCACACACAGAAGAUCUAUGACAACCCAUGCUCAGUAUAGUUGCACUGAGGGGUCAGUCACUGGUAACCAGCAUUCCCUCUAAGCUUUUUAGAUACUGAGAAACUUGCCGUUUUGACUGAGAAAGGGUCAAUUAUCAGUGCGAAACCUUUGACGCAUUAACACUUUUAAUAUAUUAUUUUUGUUGCAGUAUACAAUUUUGAAACAAUAUUCCAACACAAGUAUCUCAACAAUUUUACAAUUUGCUUUAAAUUUAAACAAGACUUUUUUUGCGGUUCUGCCUCUGAUUCUGAAUCAUUCUGAUUAUAUAGAGGGCUUGAAUAUCAUCGCAGGAAUCGUGCAUUUUUCAAGUUGCUCCCGCAUAUCUGCAGCUUUCAGUAUGGGGAAAAUCCCACAGAGAUAUUUGAAGACACCAAGCUACUGUAUUUUUCACUCAAUUUAUAAUGCCUGAAACGCUACAACAGUCUCUCAGGAAGUGGGUGUCCGUGACGAAAGCACUAUGAGCCGCAUACUGCGUAGUUCUGAUUAAAAUAAAUACAUAAAUAAAUAAAUAAAAGUCGUGCUUGAUAUUUCAAGUGCCGCAAGACUUUAUUCUCUCGUGCGUGAUUCUCGGCCGCUAGCUUUAAAGAUUAUAGAAACUCAGUACACUGCAGUAAGUAAACAGUUUUGAAAAUAAAAAUGCGAUAUUAAGUCUAGGUGGUGUUUUGCAAGUGGUAAUUUUCGCUUUAAGUCUUAAAACUCUGCCCCAUUUAUUUUGGGACGCCAGGGCACCGAAGGUUACGCACGUAUUACUUGGGCACCGUAAAAGCCACAUACCUGGUUCACUGUUUAAAAGUACAGACUCUGGGUUUUCCAAAGACGUAUUCAGUGUGUGUAUGCUGUACUCCUAGCUGGAACUACGAUCGCCUGAAGUUAAGCCUCUCAUCAUGUGACAGAGUUAACAGCUUAGAUUUCGUUUUUAGCCUAUUGCUCUGUCAUUGUAGCAGCUAGACUGAAAGGGGCAGUAUCGUUGGAAAGCUUAGAAGCUCAGCUUCCCCCCCAUGUUCAUUUCAUAUUGAGGUUCAGUGCACCUUUUUCUUCCGCUGUAUGCAAAAACUUCACGUCAGGCAGUGGCAAAAGCAAUGGAGAGUGCUCUGUCUCACAGUGAUGAACAGCUGUUAGGUCUCCUGAAAGCAGCUUAUUUUAAAGCAACACCCGUGUUCAAAACUGCAAUAUAUAUAUUAUUACAAAAGCGUUAAUCAAGAUACAGUUAGGAAGACUUCAAUGGCAAGAUAGCAUUUAAAAUCUAGAAAGGAUCCAUGGGACCAAAAAAAAACCUCUUACAAAGGUAAAUCAUAUACAGUUGUUGCUCUAGAAAGAAAGCAUAUGAGAAAUAAUCAUACAAAAUAAAAUGUAUUACAUUGUUACAUAAACUGGUCAAUUUUAAUAAACAAUUGUAUUUACAAAAUACAUAAUGUAGCAACUGAUACAUUUAAUUGUUGAUAUCUCACACAAAUAAAAAAUGAGACAUUGGAGAUAUUUUAUAUAUAUAUAUAUAUA